UGGACACUUCACGCAAAAAAGAAAAUGAAAUUACACGACGUGUUCAACGAAUUGCAGAAUUGUCAAAACGAUAUACCGAUUUUUCGAAAAUUGAUAAGUACGCCUUUGCACGACUCUGCGAACGAAAGUGUGAAAGAAUGGGAAACGAUUCUAGCGCAUAUUGUAGAGAUAAUCAGUAACAAUUACGAAUUGGGGAAUGAACGCGUCCUUUUAGCGUGCCACGCGUUCUACGUUUUGCUACCGAUGCAAGGCGACUCUUUCAAAGACACCGUAAUUGGUUUCCAAAGACUAGACUCGUGUAACUUGUGUUUCCUCGAGAAGCGAUACGCCGUUUCCGACCUCGAGCUGUUCAAGUUACUGAACGCCUAUGGAUAUCUGCAGGUGAAUCGGAAAGAUGUUCUCGAGAAUACGACGACGACGUGCUUCGAAUACGACUGUCUCUUAAUUACGUUUGACGUGAUAUAUAGAAAUUGUAUGAAAUACACGAGAUACUCUUACUUCGCGUACAAGGUAUUGUCUGCGUGGGUGAAGAGAUUAAAGAAUACAUCCGACGCGCGUUUCUGGGACCAAAGCGAUUGUAUUUUAGAACGAAAGUUGGAAACUAUCAUAUUUUCUAAUUGGUCCAACGCGCUUAAUAAUUUAUGCAAGCAGAAUGCAGAAAUUUUCAACACGUAUCUCCGGAUAAUGUCGCAGAAAUAUAAGAAAACAUUUGUAGAUUAUAUAUAUCAUACAUGUCUUAAAGACAUGUCGUGGCAAAACGAAACAAAAUAUGUUAUUCUGGCGGAAAUUUUUCAAGUACGGGACAUGGAGGUCCAAGCUACGAGCUGCUUCUUAUUUAAUUUAUGCAUUAGCUUAACGAGAAAUUCUUUGCGCUGUGGCGGUAUGAAACUUUAUCUGGUGAUUUUAAGGAGAUUAAGCGAGGUUGAAUGGAAGAAGAUGUUCGGGAAAGUUAUAGAAUUCGUUAUUCGUCGCUGGGAGUCGGGUGAGCAUGAGGAUCACAACGCUCUUCAAUCGUUGUUUAAAUACUGGCUCGAACCGACCAUUGAAAUGUACAGGAACAUCCUGCCGUUUUUGUGGGAGCUGUGCGGCGAUUCGCAAGGAUACUUCUUUCGUUCACAUCUGCAAAGAAUGGCCGCUAAAAUACACGUUGAGCUGCCACAAACGUACGAAAUCGAUUAUUAUUUAAGUGACAAAGAAGAAAUCAUACGACUGAACGCUUUUGGUGUGCUCUGUUAUCGUGCUGUCGAGCUGAUUGACAUUAACAAAGCGGAUCCAUUCCUUCUGAUAAAACAAUUUCUGUGGUUUAACGCCAAUACCGCAACGAUUUUCAUGAGAGAAGGGAUAAUAAAAUAUUUCAAGAUAUUGUGCUCGAAUAUCUUAAAAGCGAUUAGCGUUAGAGCUGAUUGUGUGCGAUCAAUCUCCGAGUUCAUGGAAUGGCUGCACGAAUACUUUCUGGAUUGUUUCGAAGUUGGCUCGUGUUAUCAACGCAAUAUCCUUGCUUUAAACUUAUACGGGACAUUACUUUCUUUCACGAGAAAAAAUUCGCACAAGAGCUACAGUCGUCAUAAGGAAUGCCUUCAAUACAUCACAGUGGUCGACAAAUACUUAAAAACCACUGAUAGUUGGAGAUUUACUAAUAAAGAGUCUUUGUUUCUGUUACUGAGACUCGUACUAGAUUCUGCUCUUGAUGUUAGACAACUAGCUGCCAGUCUCAUUCGGGAAUAUUUUGAAAAGGAUACUUUAUCGAUCAUAGAAAAACGCAUAUUCUACCAUUGUGCGUGGGAGCAUUGCAAUUCUUCCAAAUUCUACAAAAUCGAAAGCGGAGCAACUCUCGUAAAAAUAAUGGCACACUGGUUACCCUUGAACGAGGUCUCUAAAGACACAGCUGCAAUAUUUUCCGACAAUGAAUAUAAUAAUAUUCUCGCUUACUCGAGUUACUCAGAAUUUUUAUUGAACGAAGCUAAAUGCCAAUUAGCACAGAUGAAAAGUGACAUUUUAAAAGCCAUUGUCCAGAAUAGACCUUUUUAUGGCGUGUUGACUGCUUUACUGGCAGUUGCUUUCCGCGAUGGCCCAGAGAAUUGGAUUUUAACACCGCAAUUUACGGAGGAGAUACUCAAUCUUUUGAAAGAUGCCGUUGAUUUCUUUUUAUCUACGUUUUCUACGAAAGCGUCGAAUACAGUUUAUUCGUCCUCGUUUGCGGAGAUGGGAUUGGCUAUCGAUGAAAAGAUAAAGACCAGUGAAAUAGAGGAUUUUGAUUAUGACGAAUUGCAAUUAUCGCCAGCACAUCAAGUGCUUAUCUCGUGUAUCUGGAUGUCUUUAAAGAUAUCAUGCGAGAUCGCCAGCGAAAUUGGGAUAUUGAUGCAGUCAAGCACACAAGUAAAAUGUUCUAUGGAUAUUAUCGUUACAGUAUUAUUAAAGUGUCGGCAUAAAGGCGUAGUGGAAUGUGCUGGUGUAGCAAUUGCGAAUUUAUCCAAAUGUUUGUACAACAAAAAGGAGUACUCCGAGCUGCCAAAAACAUAUCUGACGUGUUUGUUAGAGGAGGAUACGGGAAAAUCGUUGCACUUAACACGACGAGGUGCUGGAUUGUCGAUCAUGUUUCAUAGAUUAGUCGUCAGCGAUAAUCGGAGGGAUCGGCCUACAGUGCAUCUUGCGGUACAGACGUUAUUGCGCGCGUUGGAGAACUUUUCGGUGGCGGCUGUUAGAAAUGUAGAAGCCGGCGCAGACUCACCCUGGGCGAAACGCCUGUACUUUCUGCGUGCGUUAGUAGCCAACAAGGAAAUACACGCGCAAUUAGUUCCGUAUAUGGAGAACAUUUGUUUAACGUGUUUCGAGUACAUGGAAUCCGACGUUUGGACUGUAAGGAAUGCGAGUUUGCAGUUGUACGGCGCGGUGGUGCCGAGAUUGGUGGGCCAGUGUACCAGGAAAGGCGAUGAAGCGUUCGAUUUCGGUGACGGUUACUCCGUCAACCACUUUGUCACGCAUUAUCCGACGUUGACGAGUCGCAUGUGGGCACAACUCCGAGAUGUCUCGAGGAUACACGGGACUUCGAACGCGGCGCUACGUUCCUACUCUGGCGUCGUGCACACGCUCAUAGUGUUGUCGAAACUGUCGAUCAGCGGUUGCGAUCUCGUCGAUUAUCCCGCGAAGAUAUUCACGACGAAAGUCAAACGUCUGUUGCUCGCUUUCCUCGGUAACCCGAUGAUACAUGUCAGACAAUUGGCUGCGAAAGCGUACACGGCUCUGACGCCUUUCAACAGUAUCGACUCGGAGAUGGACGCGAUCAGAAAGAAGAUACUCUCAAGCCGUGAUGUUAACAUGUCGCACGGGUGCUUGUUAACUUGUGAAUAUUUAAGGGAAAAGUACAUUCACGAUACUCGAAGUAUAUGUCCCUCUAACAAGGUGAUAGAAGACUACGGCAAAGUCUGUUGGACCGGAAAUUCCGGAAGAAGUCGAUACUUCGACGUAUUAGAGGCGUGGAAUGAUAUGUGCAAACAUAGAAAAGCUGCACAGCCGUGCUACAUCUUGGAAACGUUGUUUCUACGGGAAUCACACUCUUGUACACGUUUCACAGACAGAUUACCUUUCCAUUACAAUUUACCGGUAAUUGAACGUAUAGUAUCGUCGCAGAAAAUUCAACCAGGAUUUUUUCAGUUCGUUGGACAUUGGGGGCAGCUGCACGCGGCACAUCUCAAAUCGUUGAUCGCAAGUGGAUUAGAAUUGGACGAUCUCGAGCGAGAAGCGAUACGCAAUAUUCUGAACUCGAGUUGUACCGAGCAAAGUAUCGAAUUAUUAAAAAGUCUGUCGUAUUGCGUCCCUUUAUUGGAAUUUAUUCUCAAGUACUUGACAUCGAUGAAGAGCAAUUAUUACCAGUUACUUUUCGACGAAACAGUAACGUUUACAUUGAGAACUAUAAGGCACGCUAGUUUAGAGACCAACGAAUUGGAAUUCGAUGAGAUAAUAGAGGAGUUAAACGAGGGAGAGAUGGCUGUUGCGAAUUCGAACAUAGUUCGCGUGAAGAAUUCAUUGAUCUUAGCAUUUUCUAAGCGCGAGACGCUGAUAAAUGGAGUACUGUCGUACGUUUCCGAUAUAUGUAUAGAUGAGAAGCAGUCCGUGCGAUUAACGGCGGCGGAAUACAUCGAAUUAGCCCUGCAUCGUUUCGCACAGCUGGAGGACAAUAAUAAAUUAACGAUUAUGCGAUGCUGUUUGGUUCUGCUGAAGGAUGAGAUCGCCGGGAUACGCGAAAUCGUGUCGACGUCGUUGCAAACGCACGCGUUCCGCGAUUACAUAAAUUUUAGCCCGCACCGAUUGCAACACGAAGAAAUGAUAUAUCAACGGUUUCUGUUAGAUGUUAUUCGUCGUCAUAUCGCCGACAACAGCGUGGAUUUUAUACGAUAUUUCACACAUGCAGUCCGAGACGGCGAUUCUAACGUGACGAUCGAGAAUCCGUUCCAUCACAACGACAGCGUUUUCCAUAAGGAGGAAUCGAAAUUUUUAAACACGUGCUUUCUUCAUGACCCUUCGGGCGAUAAUCAUGAAGAUUCUUUGGACGUUGUACGCGCGAUACAAACAAGGCGCUUUAGGAAAUUGCGGGAAAAAGUUGGCUUUAGCUACGACGAUUUGCGAGUGAUUUUGUAUUUAAAAGAGAUUGAUUAUAUGGCGCGGAAGCGAGAUGUCAUUAUACAACAGUGGAAAUAGUACAAUUCUCAUUUAUUCAUUUCCCGUUUCAAAUUGUAAAAUGCGAACCAACCGGCUUGGUAUCAAAACUUUUGAAAUAACAAAGCUUGUUCCGCGUUAGACUGAUCUGUAAAUGGUAUAUAUUUCAAUCAAUUUCUCAAAUUUGCAAAAAAAAAUCAUUGUAAUCGAAACUGACGUUUCAUAUAAAUCUUGAUAAACCGAUUCUUUUUAUAUUUAGAUAAUAUGUAAUUGACAAAUAUAAUUUAGCAAUAAAUAUUAUUUUAUU